GCUGUUUCUGCGGAUAAGGAUUGCGUGCGAGCGUACAGACCAGAGGUGAGCUCCAGUAACUUCAACACACUCACGCUGACCAUGAAGACCAGCGACCCGGACAGCCUGCUCUUCUACAUGGGCAGCAGUGCCAGCGAGGAUUUUAUGGCUCUGGAGAUGCAUCAUGGGAAGGUGUCCUUCCUGUGGGACUCUGGCUCUGGACUCACCAGACUGGAGUAUCCUGACGUUCAGAUCAACAACGACCGGUGGCACAGGAUCAACGCGACGCGGUUCGGGAGACACGGGACCCUCACCAUCCAGCAGACGGACUCCGAGCCGCUGCCUGCAGUGAAGACCACAGCGUCUGGGUCCUCCACCGUGAUGGACGUCAGCAGAUCCACCUGGGUGUUCGUCGGGGGCCUCGGUGCUCAGGUGAAGAAACCCCCAGCGGUGAGAAUGACACACUUCAGAGGCUGCAUGAGCGAAGCGUCGCUCAACGAGAACAACAUCGGCUUGUGGAACUACGCUGAGAGACAGGGAGAGUGCGGCGGCUGCUUCAUGAGUCCGCGCACUGAAGACACGUCGUUCCACUUCGACGGCAGCGGUUUCUCUGUGGUGGAGAAGUCCCUGCGCUCCAUGUCCACCAGCGUGGUCAUGUUCUUCAAGACUCUGUCUCCGAACGGCCUGCUGCUGUAUCUAGCCUCCAACGGCACGAGAGACUUCCUGUCCAUCGAGCUGGUGGAAGGGAAGGUUCACUUGACCUUUGAACUGGGCUCUGGAGCGCUGACCUUGACCUCCAGCAGAACAUUCAACACCGGCACCUGGUACAGAAUCGCCCUGCAGAGGAACAAGCGCCGAGGUGAUGCUCUGCUCUCGCAUCCAUUACAUCAGAAAGUACUGCACCGGUACAGUGAUGUCAUCAAAUGGUUGUUGGAUCUGUCCUCUGCUCUGCGCUAUGAGGACGUGGACAUGGACAGCUGUUUGCUGGAGGAGAGACCCAAACGUGUGGUUCUGCCUGAUGAGCUGGAGGCGGAGCCGACCUCUGACCCCUCCACGCGACCCCUGUCACCCUUGGCGGAGCUGAGCACGCUCACACAUGGCAGCAGCAGCUGUGCAGCGGCGGAUCUCACAGAAACCAUCCCAGAAUCCCUGCAGUUCGGACUGUCCCGACACAGUCACGUGAUCAUGGGCUUCAAGAACAAGACCGUCAGAACCAGUUUUGCGGUGAAGCUGUCGGUUCGGACGUUCGCUGGCAGCGGCGUGCUCUUCUACAUGGCCAACGCAAACCAGCAAGAUUACGCCGUUCUGCAGGUGCUGGGGGGGCGUGUGCUGCUGUCAUGUGACCUGGGGAGAGGCCCCGCCCACGCCUCGCUGGCCACGCCCAUCAACGACGGCCUCUGGCACACCGUGAAGGCCGAGUUCAGUAAGAAGACGGUGAUGGUCAGUGUGGACGGGACCGACUCGGACCGCACACACACUAAAGGACACACGCUAGACGUGGAGGGGAAGUUGUACCUCGGCGGACUUCCUGCCACAUACACCGCCAGGAGAAUCGGAAACGUGACACACAGUCUGGCGGCGUGUCUGCGGGACGUGAUGUUCAGCGGCGUCCAGAUGAAGCUGAGCGCUGCGCUGUCGUCUCACGCCGCGGGCUCCUGCUUCAGACGCGCUCAGAGCGGCAGCUUCUUCAGCGGCAGCGGAUACGCCGCUUUCAUGAAAGAGGGCUAUAACGUGGGCUCGGACGUCUCCGUGAGUCUGGACUUCCGCUCCACGGCGCCGGAUGGGGUUCUGUUGGGAAUCAGCAGCACUAAGGUGGACGCCAUCGGCCUGGAGCUCGUCAACGGACAGGUGGUGUUUAACGUGAAUAACGGCGCGGGCCGGAUCACUGCGCGCAGCAGGAGCGCUGUGUCCAUGUGUGACGGCCGCUGGCGCACCCUGAUGGCCAAGAAGCAGAAGCACAGCUUGAGAUCUCAAUUUUAA